AUGGAAUGGCCAUGGAUCUAUUUCACCACUCUCAUCCUGGUUGGCUCCUUCUUCGUGCUUAACCUGGUUCUGGGUGUGCUCAGUGGUGAGUUCACAAAAGAGCGGGAGAAGGCCAAGUCCCGUGGAGAGUUUCAGAAGCUGAGGGAGACUCAGCAGCUGGAUGAAGACCUCAAGGGCUAUAUGGAGUGGAUCACUCAGGCUGAGGUUAUGGACAAUGACCAAGAGGGACAGGGCCUGCUCACUGCGGAAAAUGGAGGAUCAGAGACCGGAAGUGUCAGCAAAAUGGACACAAUGCAGCUGAUCAUCUAUUACUAUAAACUGGCUCGAAAGUGGAAUCGCUGGUUACGCCGUAAAUGCAGAGCAUAUGUGAAGUCCAGACUAUUCUACUGGUGGGUGAUCAUGCUUGUCCUCUCUAAUACACUGGCCAUCGCAACGGAACACCACAAGCAGUCUCAGAGACUGACCAACUGGCAAGGUCAGAGCAUUACACACAUGCAUUUCAUAUUGUACAUUUAAAAUGCAUGAUC